AUGCCCCAUAUUUCAGCAAAAUCACUCGUCGUACUUUUCGCGUUUGUUGUUUGUAUUGUUAAUAUUUAUCGUGUCUUCAAUUCGAGCUGCAGCUCAGAAGCUUCUGAUCAAGGGCCAAUCCUGGAAGACGAUCGGAUACCGCCAUUGCCUAGACCGGAAGUGCCAGGCUUGCAAAAUCAAGGCCACAACGUCAAGCGAGCGGCUGCCAAGGUCAAGAAGGGCGCAGAAUGCGGGAUUGGCGUGCGUCUGGCCGGGAAACAAUGCCCGGAGGGGUCGGUGCCCUUCGGCAGCGAGUGUUAUGUGCAGACUUGUUUAGAGGAACGUCGUCAAAUGCCCUCCGCUUUCUACUACGGCGCUGGAGGGAACGCCAUCGGAGCGUACACUCCCGUAGGCCUGGCCUAUAACCCGCUACGCAUCGCUCCGCUGACGAAUUGGGGACGGAAGAGGAGGAGUGUCGAGGCUGAGAAAGAACACGAGGAGGUGCAGCUCGAGCGCGUGAGGCGCCAGAUGCCGUCCCACUUCUUCUACGGUAGCGGCGGGAACGCGAUUGGGGCGUACACUCCCGUAGGGUUGGCCUAUAACCCGCUACGCAUCGCUCCGCUGACGAAUUGGGGCCGA